AUGUCGGACUAUCUACCUUCUCCUAUGCUCGAGGCCUGUGUGGUGGUGGGAGCAUCCAGUGAAAAACUACAGGAGGUCUGCCAGGCUGUGGAUGGAAGUCAGGAAGACAUCCUUUUGGAGCCAGAGGUCCUCUAUGUCCAAGCGCCUCCCUUUGUCAGUAGGCCUCAAACUGCGAGCAAAGCAGUGAGGUCACAUAGAAGGAAACAUCGUUCCUUACUGAGGAAGAAGGGGAAGCGAUCCCCGUCUGUUGCAAUGGCCACUCAAGCCCAUCACAAUUGUCCAGGUAAAGAGGCGACAGACGGGAGAAAAGGCAGUGACGACAUCACUGUUCCCAAAGAUAUUGACCUCACAGCAUUGCCUCAACUUUGCUUCCCUGGCGGCCUCCAAGUAACCAAUGUAAAGCUGGAGGAACAGUUCCACUUCCUGGUUUUCACUGAUGUCUUUGGCAACAAAUCCCACGGAGUAGUAAUGCAGUGUUCUCAUCCCAUCCAGGAGUUGAGGUCCUCAUGUCAGAAUGGAGCUGGCUCAAAGAUUUACUGUGCUUACAGUUUCUGUGUGAUAUCCAAGUAUCCAUACUUUACGGCCCUGAAAGACUGUCUGUCAUGUCUUCUGACAGAGCUCCAAGAUGGUUGUUUUUUGGACAUUGAGGAGAAGGUCAAGGAGUUUACAGCCAAAUUGACCCUGGUGCCGAUUCCUCCUCCUGGACAACUUCACUUGGUGUUUACCUUGCAUCCUUUGACCAUCGAAUUGCCAUCAAGAGAGGAUAAAGAUUACCCAGCCGUAGAUUUAGACCUUCAUCUACCUUUCCUCUGCUUCCGGCCACGUCCCCUCCUGCAGGUGUUAUCUUGCCUCCUCCAAGAGCAAAGGGUAGUGCUUUUUUCCGCCAACUGGGCCCACUUGACACUAGUAGCAGAAAGCUUGUUGCUGUUUUUGCAGCCUUUGACAUGGCAGCAUCCUUAUGUGCCAGUCCUGGCCAGUGGCAUGUUGGAUUUCCUCAUGGCACCGACUUCCUUCCUCAUGGGUUGUCACCUCAGCCAUUUUGAAGAAGUUGCAGCAGAGACAGAUGAUCUAAUACUCAUCAACAUUGAUAAUGGAAGUGUGUCAACUUCAUGUUCGGAAACUGUUGACCUACCCGAGAUACCCCUACUUGCUGCAAACUGCUUUACACAAAGGUGUCAAUCCCUGCGGAUCCAUUUUGACUUGGACCAGUGCAAGCGUGCAAGCUGCACUGAUAUUGAGCAUCAGCGUGUUCAGAGACGAGCGUGGCGCCGCAAUCUAAACCUUGACAUCCAGAGACUCACCACUGAGCUCAUUGUCAACAUAUUCAGGGAUGUUAGCAGCCACUUGAACUAUGAACACCGUGUUUUUAACAGUGAAGAGUUCCUGAAAAGCAGAGAACCUACAGAACAACUUUUCUACAAGAAUGUUUUGGAGACGCACAUCUUCCAUUCUUUCCUCAGAGACCGUCUCAACAGAAAGAUGGACAAUUUUGCUCGCAUGGAAAUCAGCACUCGAUCAGAGAUGCAAAAGAUGAAGGCAUCAGUGGAAAGCCCACGAAGGCCCACCAUGCAGGAGAUUCAAGCUCGUAGAAAGAGCUCCCUCCCCGAGUUUAAGCUGUUUACUAGACAAGGAAUGAGCCUUCCCAACCUGGGAGAUCAAGACCAAACCAUGAACUUUCAAAGAAGUUCCUUACUCACCAGAAUCAUCAUGUGCGAACCUGUACAAAGUAGGUCUCAUAAGCCUAUAAAUAUAUUCAAGCUCCCAGAAUUCCCAGAAUCUGUGUCCUUCCAUGCUGUUCAAACUUACUACGCUGAGCUGAUUCAUCUUCUUAGCAAAGCGAUCGACUCAGUCAAAAAUGACGACUCGACUCUUCUAGCCAGAUACUAUUACCUGCGUGGUUUUACUAAUCUGCUCUGCUCACGACGUCUCAACGCUCUGGGCGACUUCCAUACGCUCUACAAGACAGACACAGCCAUCUUCCCCACACAAAUGGUUACAUGGCUGGUGGACUCACUCAUACAGGAAGAACAGCAGCAAGCCAACAGAUGGCCUGAGCUCAAAAGACUCAUCCACAAGUUUAAGAUGAAAAAUGAAAAACCAUCAUCACAACUUGAUGAUGACGUAAAGAAGUUUGAGCUCCCCCGGAAACAUCUUGAUCAAGAAAACUUUGUGCGUUGCAUCCAAGAGGCUGGGAUCGUUAAGGACGUUGCAACCAUACAUCGCUUAUUCGAUGCUCUCACGGGUGGUGAGUCAAAGCAAGUGGACGCGGAGCUCUUCAAAGCGUUCUACACCUUCUGGAAGGAAACUGAGGCCGAUGCUCAAGAUGUCAACCUUCCCACUGAAGUAAUUGAUCACUUGGACCACAGCGAGUGUGUCUACAAGUUAUCGUCCUGCGUCAGGACCUCUCAUGGCGUGGGUAAAAUCGCCAUGACCCAGAAGCGUCUCUUCUUACUUCCAGAGGGUCAACCAGGCUUCCUAGAAAUUGCAACGUUUAGAGACAUAAAGGAGGUAAAGAUUGCAUCGGCUCCUUUUCUCCUGGUACGUAUUCCUUCUCUACGCAUCCGGACUUCUGGUAGGCCGGAGCUGUUUGAGGCCAACCUAAAGACUGAGACCGAUCUCUGGAAUCUAGUGGUCAAGGAAAUGUGCGCUGGACGUAAAAUGGCUGAUCAACACAAGGACCCUCAAUACAUGACCCAGGCCUUGACUAAUGUGCUGCUGAUGGAUGCUGUGGUGGGCUGUCUGCAUAACCAAAGCUCCAUCAAUGCUGCCUCAAAGCUGACCUAUUUUGAUAACAUCAAAAAUGAAGUGCCAAUGAUGGUGCCUAAAACUACAUCCGAGACACUAAAACACAAAAUUUACCCAUCAUCGGACCUAUCAGAGCCACAGACUGUUCAUGUGCUGCUCUACACUCCAGGUCAGCUGACAUGUGAUGACUCCAACGAUGAAAUGAAUCCCAAGUUGUGGGUGGCCCUCAGUGCAGGCAGAGUUGUUGUAUUUGAUGCCGCUAGCUGGUCCAUGCUCCAGGACUCCAUCUAUCUUGGUGAAUCUCAGAUAAAUUGUAUGCUAGGGUUGGUCCACGACCAGGUUUGGAUUGGCUCCCAAGAUUCAGUCAUCUACAUCAUCGACACUCACAAACUGUCCUGUAACAAACAGUUAACUGAACACAGACAUGAGGUGACUGGACUCGCGCUAGAUGCAGGAGAUCAUUACAGCAGUUCCGACAUGUACUCGUGCAGCUCUGAUGGCACAAUCCUGCAGUGGGAUUCGUCUAGCCUGAAGGUGAAGAGACAAUUUUACGUCAACUGUACGAGUCUCUCCUCUAUACAAAUCCAUGGCGAUACACUGUGGUGCUGUUGCGAUGACAGCAUUGUGGAGCUAAAAAAUAGCGGGAUGCCACAAAGACGGCUACAGCUGCCUGAGCACUUACGAGUUACAACAAGUAGAUUCAGCAGCUUUAUUGUCAUCCCAGAGCGAGGUGAGCUUUGGACAGGCUUGGCUGACUCAGGUGAUCUCUAUGUGUGGUUUGCUGAUGGCCAUAAAGCUGCUUUCAAGAAGAUCUCCCUUACUGGCUCCAUAGGGGUAACUUGCAUGAUCCGAGUCAAAGACCAGAUCUGGGUGGGUUGCCAUGGUAAGAGUGGUGUGGGAGGUCAUAGUGACGGUCAGCUGAAAGGCCAGCUGGUCAUUGUGCACCCACAGACUUUAACAGUGGCAAAGGAGCUGCAGGCCCAUUCGGACAGCAUCCAGACACUCUGCUCUGCCGAGGACCGCUACGUCCUGAGCGGAUCUGCGCAGCGUGACGGCAAAAUUGCAAUCUGGAAAGUAGAGUAG